AUGCACCCGGUGGGCACUGUCUUGGCAGGGGCUCAUGAUGAGAAGGUAAAAAUGGUCGCGCGGAUUGCCACGUCCCUGGAUUUCCUUGGCAUCAAUGCAUACGGGGAGGACUCGCUGAAGGUUGGGACGACCCUGCAGCGCCUGGGAGUGACCUUGCCCUAUGCCCUGAUGGAGUUUGGCCCGACAGGGCAUUGGGCUUCGCCCGUGACAGCCUGGGGCUCCUAUAUCGAGGAGAGCUCCACCGAGAAGGUGCCGAGGUAUAUGGCAACGUGUGAGCUAUGCUUCUCUGAUCCACAGUGCAUUGGUGCCUUCGCCUUCGUGUGGGGAUGGAAGUGGGAGAAGACAGGAACCUGGUACGGCCUCUUCAAUGAGUGGCCCGAGGUCACCACGGAACUAACCAAGGCCAACUGUACCACCUGCGAAGCCGAGGUUCUUGGUGCUCUGCAGAAGUGCUGGACGGGUCAGGACAAGAGCAGUAAAGCCCCAAGCCUCCACGACGUGAAGCUCAAUGGAGAGGCCUUGGAAGGCAUGCGCUUCUCG